CAUGAAGGUCUGCACGCGACACGAUAUCGCUGCUGGUUGCCAGGGCUGCGAGCCGCGAAGGAACAUGCAUGUCACCAAGCUAGCGCGGGCUUGGCAGCGAGGCUGGCCAACUGACAUCAACAUCUGGGACGUCCGUUCAGACAACCCAGCUCGGCAUAUCUCUUUGGCGCCGUUCCGAUUAUAGACGUUACAGGUUAUUCGGCUUCGUGCACAGUAUCCAGAUCUGUUCAGUAUCGUUGCAGCAGCUUCGUUGCCUAGGUCCCAGCCGGUCACGCUCCACGCCUCGCAUCGUCAUCGCCGAACCUCGAUCGUCUUGCGGCGCACCAUUUCUCCACCCUCCCACCAACACUCCCACGCACACAAUGGCGUCCAGGAAGAAGGUUCUCCUCAAGGUCAUUAUCCUCGGUGAUAGCGGUGUCGGCAAGACCAGCUUGAUGAACCAAUAUGUCAACAAGAAGUUCAGCGCGAGCUACAAGGCGACAAUAGGCGCCGACUUCCUCACCAAGGAAGUCAUGGUGGAUGACAGGCUUGUAACGAUGCAGCUCUGGGACACCGCUGGACAGGAGCGCUUCCAGUCGCUGGGUGUCGCGUUCUACCGAGGCGCCGACUGCUGCGUGCUGGUGUACGACGUCAACAACUCGAAGAGUUUCGACACACUGGACAGCUGGAGGGACGAGUUCUUGGUCCAGGCUAGCCCCAUGGACCCUGAGAGCUUCCCAUUUGUUGUCAUUGGCAACAAGAUCGACGUGGACGAGAGCAAGAGGAUGAUUUCGUCGAAGCGCGCCAUGACCUUCUGCCAGUCGAAAGGCGGCAUCCCCUACUUCGAGACCAGCGCAAAGGACGCUAUCAACGUCGAGCAGGCAUUCGAAGUCAUCGCACGGCAGGCGCUUGCACAGGAGGACGUGGGCGACUUCAGCAACGACUUCCCCGAGACGAUCCCUAUCGACCUGAAGGGCAACGAGGGCGGCUGCGCGUGCUAGUGGGCACGAGCUAGGAGGCAUCGUUCUUGAGGGCGGCUAUACCCUCGAAUCGGCAGUGUUGUUCCGCGGAGUCUGGUGUACGGUGUAUUGCGCCUCGACGUGAGGCCAUUUUUGCUUAGCCCCACCUCUGGAAGCGCGGGUAGUACAUAUUGAAUGGCGUGAAUUGCGACAAGUCUCAGCCUUGGUGGCGCGUGCAGAGCCGUUCGCGCGGACAUGACGUUAGCUGUGGCUGAGCACCGACAUCCGGCGCUAUCCUUUAAUCUGAGACACGCGACCCUGA